AUGGCGACUCAGAAGCACGAUGACAGCGUCCUCACACGAUCAUGGUGCGUGUUCGGGCUGGUGAUGAGCUGGAUCAUUGGAAUCAGCGCCCUCCUCGCUGGUGGAAUUUGUGCCUACCUGGAGCUGCGGGACGGAAAUGCUCCCCAUAUCAUCCUGUCGCAUACUUGGAGGGAGGUGCUGCCUCUGGGGCUCAAUGUCCUCGUUACGCUGCUCAACGACAGUAUGGGCUACGUCCAUUCCUGCUCCCUCCGCUGGUCAUUACAGCGAGAAGGCAAACUCGACUUCAACUCUAACCUCCGUCUCCUCACCGCGCCGAAACACAGCCGGCCCAACGGCAUAAUACCAAAUACUAUCUACCUCACGGGCAUCGUCCUCUCGUACGGUUCAACGUCCCUUAUCUUCCUAAGCUUAAAUCCGGCACUGGCGCGAUUGCUAGGGAAGGCAUAUGAUAGGGAUGACAUCGACGGUGUCCACAUCAACGCUGUUGCGCUCUUCACUCUAGGCUCCGGGUUCCUAUUACAAGCCAUCAUCACAAACUGGGCCCUGGUUGAGACCAACAUACCGACUUGGAGCUCCAACCCUCUCGAUGUCGCCCGGGCGUGUACCGUUGACGAACACGACGGCCAUCGGGUCGAGCCCCGGAUUGGGAGGUGCAUGAUGAGCGUUCAUCUGGCCAAGGAAGACGCGAGGUGUUGUAAACCAAGGCCGAAGCAAAAGCCCAUGGUCACCGCCCAUUCCCGUGUCAGACGGAUCCUGAUCCUCCUGUGGACGCUUCCGAUACUGAGCGGUAUCUGGGGUGGCGCUGUCUACGGCUACCUCCUCAGAGGCGACCGAAACGGCGUCUUUGGAAGGUCCUGGUCGCUGCUCCCGGUCUUCACGGGCAGCACUGAUUCCGAAUGCGACACCCAACAGUGUACGGAUGGCACGUCGGUCCUCAACGUUGGCUGGACCGCCAAGGGAGCGGCCGGGGUUGUUGGCGCCGUGUUUUUGAUCAUGGCCUUUCAAUCCGUCGUCACACUCUCACUGCACUGUGCAGAGCUGAUCGUCAAUCUAUCGCGAGAUGAGAAAGUAUACCGCGGGCUCAUCGGGCCGAGGGGCACCAACGGGCAUCACAACUCGGUCCUCGCGGCCUUCACCUCGUGGCAGACACUCUUCUUGUUCGCCCUCAAGGCCGGCGUUCACUGGAUGUUUGGUCUUGCCAUCAACUUGCAGUUCCAGCUCGGCGUCAACAUGCACCCACCGCAGAUAUUUUACUUCUCCGCCUUCUGCCUGGCGGCCGCCAUUUUCGGAUUACUGCUCUCUGUGUGGCGGCCCACGGGUUACCUUCCUGCCACAUAUGGCCACAUCCAAACCAUCGCCGACGUCAUCGACGAGUGGGCCGACUCUGGCUGCAUGUUCUGGGGCGAGAAACGGGCUGGCAACCCCGGGUACACCGGUACAAGCACCCACCGGCUCAAGCAGCCAGACGAGAGAAUGUUGUACGGCGGCCAGCACGAGCAUCGGCCGCCACGGGUCCGAAACAGCGCGGUACCGACGGAGCUGCAUAACCUCGUCCCCCCGGCUGCCACGCCGCCAGUGCAGCCCUCCGGUUUUCCCGCGCCUCCGCCCUACCCUCCUACCGCCCCGCCGUAUAUGCAACACAGCCCUUACUCCCAGUGGGCCCAACAAGCUCAGCACCAGGCACACAAUCGUCCGAGCCACCACAGCCUGAACAGUGCCUACUCGGGAAUGUCAGGGUACUCAUACAAUUCGGGCUACAGUGCUCAGAGUACUCAGCCAUUUCUUGCCAAUCAGAGGGGUUGGUGA